AUGCCGGCCAUGAUAAACUACUGGCAUGUUCAGCCCAGUGCCCGAUGGGGCCAGGAGGAUCUGUACGGAAACAUCGGCGACGAUGACGCCGCCCGGGUGGAAGUGGCCGCGGGCGCGGCGGUCCUGAGGACAGGGGCGAAGAAGCAGAAGACGGGCUCCAGCUACGCGAGUGCCAUGACGGCCAUGCUGAAGGGCGACUUCGACGAGGACGAGUCCCGGCGAGGUCGAGGAGAUGUUGAUGGUGAAAUGAAAGGGGCGAGGCUGCCGAGCCCAAAGAAUGGUGAGCAGGUUGUGAGUGGAAUUCUCAUGCCGGAGUUUCACAAGUUAAGUCCGGACCUCCGCUGCUUCGGCUGCUUCGGCUCCAGUGGGCCGGGCGGGUGCGCCGUGUUCAGAGAAUUGUCCAUGUUGCAGACUCUAGACUUCAAUCUGAGCCUUCGGCACCGACCGUGUGGCCUUCAUAUCUCCGAGACUCACCUGGUGACGAAACCAAUGAUGUUCAGGUUGCUCUUCAGCUUCCUACUGAUGGCCGAAUUGAGAGCCGAGGAGGAGGCUCUAGCUCUUAUCCAAGGGCAUGCGAGAAAGAUCGUGAAGAGCAAGGCCGCGAAGUCCGCAGCUGCCCCUCUCGACGAUGCUUUGUUGGACAUGGAAGGCCUCUCAUUGAUGCAAGGAGCAGGUGCUCAGUGCCGCGUGAACGCCCCAGAGAAAUGCACCGCCCGAGUUCGAAGGGCGAAGCCGGAGAUGAGCACCGACCCGGUCUUGUCGGCUGCAGUGGCCGACGGUGUGGAGGACAGCAUGGCCGCCAUCUCCCUCUUCCAGACGGGGCGAGGCUCGUUCCGCAAGGCCGACGAAUGCGGCUCCUCCGGCCGCGCCGCCGCCAGCGAAGCCUCCAUCGACGAGGGCGCCGACUCGGCGGCCACCUCGCUGCUACAGCAGGAGCGUAGCAAGAUCAAGGUCCGCAAGGUGAGUAUCCCUUGA